AGAUAUUUAAUUGUUAAAAACACUUUAGUUAAUAGUGCCAUUGGCUACUUGCAAGUGCGCUUUUAGUUGUGAUUUAUCCUUCAAAGAUCAACUGACCAAUCAGUGAUAAAGAUGCCGCCGAACGUCUCAGAUAUUCCUCCAUCCACUCUAGGGAUCAUUCCGCCACCUCGAAGAGCAAAAAAUCAAACUGUAGACAUGUGGUUAGAGGAUAAAGUGGCUAUAGAUAGAGCUGAAGGCCUUUGGAGAGUGCACGAUGGACUUUACGAUUUAACCGAUUUUAUUCAAAAACACCCUGGAGGCUCCGAGUGGCUGGAACUGAGUAAAGGGCUAGACAUUACCGAAGCUUUUGAGGUGCACCACCUGACUAACCAGCCUUCUCAAGUCCUAAAAAAGUAUUUCGUGAGGAACGCCAAGGAAAGAAGAAAUGCGCCCUUUACCUUUAAGGAGGACGGCUUUUACAAAACGCUGAAAAAGGAGAUUGUGGAAACUUUGCCUUCUCUUCCUAAAAGAUCGAAUUUGAGCAACUUGCUCAUUGAUUCGCUUUUGGUCGUGUUGUUCCUUCUAUCCACAUUGGCCGCCAAGUAUUGGAGUUUCACUCUAGGGUGGAUGUCUGGGCAUGUUCUGGCCCUUUUAAGCAUUGCAGCCCACAACUAUUUCCACAAAAAGGAUAACUUUCGAAUGUAUUAUUUUAAUUUUUCGCUGCAGACUGUGAGGGAGUGGAGAAUUAGUCAUGUUUUGAGCCACCAUAUGCAUACCAAUACUAUAGACGAUUAUGAAAUAUCCUCUUGGGCUCCAUUUCUUCAAUAUCUGCCAGUGAAAAAGAGUCCCAUUCGGCGAUAUGGCCAGUGGUUAGUUGCUCCACUUAUGUGGAUUACUGGGUUCCACAAAGCAUUACUUACCAGAAUCAUUGAGUUGAUCAACGGCCGCACAAACCAUAUAAAAAAGACGGAUCUCGUCGCUUUUACCCUUCCGCUCUUCAUGUACCUCUUCAGUGGCCAGUCGAUGUUAAACACUUUUCUUAUGUGGAAUUUUGUGAUUGCUAUCGGAAGCACUCAUUUGUUCUUCGUCGGUCUUCAUGCUGCUCACCAUCAUCCAGAAAUCUUCCAUGAUGGUGAUCAGCCAAGAUCUCAAGAGGAUUAUGACUGGGGCAUCAGCCAAUUGGACGCGGUAAUGGAAAGGAAGGAAAUUAGUGGGUCGCUUUUUUUGGUAUUGACCAACUUUGGAGACCAUGCGCUCCACCAUAUGUUCCCCACAUUGGAUCACAGUACUUUGGAGCAUUUGUAUCCUGUUUUUAAGAAGGUGCUGACCAAAUUUGAUACAAAUCUAAGAAUGGUGUCCCAACUGGACACACUCUGUGGAGGAUUUCAACAGCUCCUCAAAGUGACCCCCAGCGAAGCUCCGCCCGACUUGAAGAAAUACGACUUGAAGAAGUAUAAGUGAAGAUAACAUGUUCGUCUCUUUGUGUAAAUAGGAUUUAUUUUAAAGCAACUAUUCGCAUUAAUGACUACAUACAAUUUGGAUUGUUAUUGGAUUUAAUGUUUUUGCGAAUAAAUAAAAACUGUAUUCACCUAG